UGCGCACCGGCGUCGUGCGGCAGGCCCUCAUGAUGUUUGCCCAGUGCACCUGGAAGUGUGCAAACUCCUUGCUGCUGCUGGCACUGCUGUGCUGCAUCCUUUCUCCUUCAGCACAAGCCAGCAAGAGCUCGGAGGACAUCCGCUGCAAGUGCAUCUGUCCCCCAUACCGGAACAUCAGCGGGCACAUCUACAACAAGAAUGUGUCACAGAAGGACUGCAACUGCCUGCAUGUUGUGGAGCCAAUGCCAGUGCCAGGGAAUGAUGUGGAGGCCUACUGCCUGCUGUGUGAAUGCAAGUACGAAGAGCGCAGCACAACCACCAUCAAGGUGAUCAUCAUCAUUUACUUGUCUGUGGUGGGGGCACUGCUGCUUUACAUGGCUUUCCUUGUGCUUGUGGAUCCUCUGAUCAGGAAGCCAGAUGCCUAUACCCAGCCCCUGCACAAUGAGGAGGAGAACGAGGAUGCUCGCUCCUUGGCCACAAUCCCCACCCCAUCUGGUGCCAGAGCCAACACAGUGCUGGAGAGGGUGGAGGGAGCCCAGCAGCGCUGGAAGCGCCAGGUGCAGGAGCAGAGGAAGACCGUUUUCGACCGCCACAAGAUGCUGAGCUAGACAAGCAGCUACACAGCACCACUUCCCAAGAGACAGGGUAGCUCAGUUGGUAGAGGUGGAUAGUAGGCCAUCUUUCAGGAUGUCUGUGGUGUUUGACUGAAAGCUCUAACCCUCUCUGAUACUACAGUCUUCAUAUAGAGGGGCAGGCCAAAGUGUUUGGUUCUAGUUUUGUCCCCCUGCCUUUUACAUCUCAGCCCAGAGGCUCCUUAACCUUUGCUCACUGAGAUCUGCACUGUCUGUUGGCCCCAUGCCUGCAUGUAAAUGGUCGUAUGCAGUGCUGCUGCCUUGGUUAAUGAGCUGACUUGUGUGGGGACCGCAACUCCAGUGCACUGUGCUCAGCUUGACACUGCAGGCACUACUUGCUGGGACUGAAGUCUCCAUCAUCCCCUUUCCCUUUCCCCCCAUUACAGAUGGAGCCUCAGUAUGAAUUACUGUAAGUUGGCCAAAUCCACUCCUGGCUUCUGUGGGAUAAAAGUAGUUUCACUGUGUGGCUUCUCUCAGCCGUCUUCUGCUACUGUGCUGUCAUAUGACAGUCUGCUGAAACCUGGAGCCUUGCAGUAGUGUGUUUGCUCUUUGUGGCACAUCUGUGGUCUCAGAGAAUGCAUUUGGAGGAGUUGCACUUGUCCAGUCCCGUUAGUGAGGCAAAAAAAAAAAAAGUAGGUAUGAAGGAACAAAGUUAUGACUUGUCCGCCUCCAGCACGAGGAGGUGGAUUUGCUUUGGAUCAUAGUUGUUAUUCUUGCUAUGCAGUUCUAGGACACAACAUCCUACCAUAAACAACAAGCCUAGGCCUUCUGGUGUAACUGCAUGCCACUGCUCCCUGGAAGUCAGUCAUUGCCUUCAUUUACACUUGCCACAGAUGCCUUCUGUAAAAGGUGCUGCUCCAGGAUGAAGAGACCUCCUUCUUCAGCUGGCACUGAUGUUAAUCAGGCAAUGUUCUACUAAGAUGUGUGUGCUGCUUUGGAAGGAAGAGGCAGGGAUUCCUGUCAGUAGUCCACUGCUGCUUAUCUUUGGUGUAGAUUUGGAUAAUUUCUGUUGUCUUCAAUGGAGUUUCUCCAGACUUACACCACCAUAAUUGAGAUAGCGGCCUGGUUUUGUGUAGGUGGACAUCACAAAACUGAUUAGUACAUUCACAGGUAAGAGACCAACAGGUAAAUGGGGUGAUUUACGUUUUAGAUUUCUGUUUUUCCUGGUUUGGCAGUGGGUACUGGGGCGAAAGUAUUUCAUUUAUACCCACCUUAAUACCCCUUGACAUUCUCACAGUGGGUUCAGCGGCAUUUGUGUCAAAGAGAACUGGAACAAUGGCUUUGCUGGAGUGUCAGAUAUGCUUGCUGACUGGUUCUCAGGGACCUAGAAAGGGCCUUGUGCUUCUCAAAAAUAUAAAGAAAACAGAGAGCUCUGACUCUGCUUUGGCUGUGUGGAGCAAAAUGAAGUGAUUCUGCAGUGUAUAUAUUGAUCCCACUGAGAAUAUUUAUAAUGUAAGGAAGGUGCUGAGUUUAUCACAUAGCAUCUCUAUAUUAAAUGCAGAAAGAUAUA